UGGACAGCUUUGGCCUGUCGUCAUCUGCUCACACAAACAAACUAUUUAACAGUUCAUUCGCCGCAGACAAUGAGAAGAAAAUGACUUUUCUAAACGGGUUCUAGGAUUUCUUAUGUCUGCCCUGACAAAACCAAAACACAAUUGAAUUUAAAAGAACAGUUUUGAUCGUGACAUGAAUUUCUCUGAGCUCUUCAAGCAAUCCAACCAACUUUGUAAAGUUUCUCCAGAUGGGAAAUAUUUGGCUACCUGUGUGCAGUACAGACUGGUGAUACGGGAUGUGAGCACCUUGCAGAUUCUGCAGCUCUACACCUGCCUGGACCAGAUAACCCACAUGGAAUGGGCUUCUGACUCUCUUUUUAUUCUCUGCGCUAUGUAUAAGAGGGGACUGGUACAGGUGUGGUCUCUAGAACAGCCAGACUGGCACUGUAAGAUUGAUGAGGGCUCAAUAGGACUAGUCUCCUCACGCUGGAGCCCAGAUGGACGUCACAUUCUCAACACCACUGAGUUCCAUCUGAGAAUCACUGUCUGGUCCCUGUGCACCAAAGCUGUGUCUUAUAUCAAAUAUCCCAAAGCAUGUCAGAAGGGUACAGAUUUCAGCAGAGAUGGCUGCUAUAUGGCUUUGGCCGAACGCCGAGACUGCAAAGAUUAUGUUAGUGUGUUUGUGUGUGACGACUGGCAUUUACUCAGGCAUUUUGAGACUGAGACACAGGACCUGGCCGGGUUGGAGUGGUCUCCCAAUGGCUGUGUGCUAGCAGUGUGGGAUAGCUGUCUGGAGUACAAGGUGUUGCUGUAUUCUUUGGAUGGCCGCUUGCUGUCAACAUACAGUGCCUAUGAGUGGUCAUUGGGUGUCAAGUCGGUGACCUGGAGCCCCAGCAGUCAGUUCCUGGCCAUUGGCAGCUAUGAUGAAAAAGUGCGCAUCCUCAAUCAUAUUACAUGGAAGAAAAUUGCACAGUUUGACCACCCAGCAACCAUCAACAACGCAAAAGCUGUUGUAUAUAAGGAAGUGGAGAGAAGGACAGCUGUUGGCAGUGAUGACCUGUCGCUACAUAACAUCACAAUAGGCACCACCCUGUUCAACACCCAGAGCAAAUAUGAGAUCUGCCCACUGCCAGUCCAAAUUCCUGUGGUAAAACCAGACCCAGAUCGAGCCAACCCGAAGAUUGGUGUCUCUACUUUAGCAUUCAGCUCAGACAGUCGCUAUCUAGCCACCAAAAAUGACAACAUGGCCAGUGUUGUCUGGAUAUGGGACAUGCAGAAGAUGAACCUGGAGGCUGUGCUGGAGCAGACCUCAGCUGUGCGCUGCUUUCAGUGGGAUCCCCGGCGCCCCCGGCUGGCCCUGUGUACAGCCAACACUAAACUCUAUCUCUGGUCUCCAGCAGGCUGUGUUUCUGUCCAAGUCCCCACUGAAGGUGGUUUCCAGGUCCAAUCGCUAUCGUGGCACGGCAGUGGAGACUCUCUGAUCCUGCUUGGAAAGGAACAGCUGUGUUUGUGCUUCAUGGACACUGACCAGGAGGACAAGUAAAACACACAGCAUAGCUCUCAUAAAAUAACUGGACCACAUUUCAGGCUUAUUUAGCCACACACACUUUGCUGUGAAUGUGUUACGGUGAUGGCCAAAAGACUGGUGGGAACACUCCUCUAAAUCUCACUUUUUACUUUUCUAAAAGUCUGUUUUGGAUAAGUAAAUACAUCGUUCCUAGUUUUUAAAUAAGUAAAUGCAUACUGAAGCACUAGUUCCAAACACUGUGAAGAUAGAGGUUUACAGAUUUUUAUAGAUUUCACUGUUUAGUACACACUAUUUUGUAUGUGUAUCACCAUUAAAUUGUGUAACUUUUGAAUAAAUGUUUCCAUAAAUAA